AUGCCUGCCCCCAUCGAGAUUAUAGAUCCUCUCGCCGUCGUGCGUGACCUCUAUGACGACGAGAAGUUGGUGGUCGACGACUUUGAGCGUCAUGCCAGCCACUGCCGCUACUGCUCCCACGCUAUCCAGACAUACAAGGAUGGUCGUGCACUCUGCGAGUCGGGCAACACCCGCGCCCGCACCCUCCGCAACUACAUCUACAGCCAAAGCGGCAAGCACUUUUCCACCGUAGACUUUGAGAGUGGCAAGUCGACACGGGUGAAGCUGCCCCGGGAUGCCUUCGCCUCCCGCGAGCUUUUCACAGCACUCGAACAGGGCCUGCGCAUCCGUGAGAAGGCCGUCGUCGUCCAAAAGCCCGUCCAGCCCGUCCAGCCCGCUCAGACUGCUCAGACUGCUCAGUCCACCAGCUACGACCGGACCUACCCCGUCCCAGCUCGCCGGGUAAGCGGCAAGCAGACUCGUCCUCGCUCCAUGUCCCCCGAGGCUUACCAGGUCAUUGAGAGGGCCCCACGCCUUUCUCGCUCGCCAACUUCGAUCAUGUACCGCUCGCCCGGUGGCUCUCCCAGCCGCCCAUCCUCGAGCCGUGGGUCAUUGUACAGCGCCGACCGACAGGAGCGUGUGGAGCGCCACUACGAGACUCCUCGCCGGUAUGUGGAGGGCUCCCCCAAGCACCGUUGA